CAUGCGCAGUGUUGUAAUCCUCUGAUCUAAUUGUUUUGUGUAUGUUUACAGAAUUGCGUUGAGUGUAAACGUAUUAUUGGUAUUUUCUCGAACCUAUAAUAAUAUUAAAAAUGCCUUUGUUUAGUUCUCAAUUCGAUCAGGCUGUUGAAAAGGCUACAAGUGAAAUGAACACAACAGAAGAUUAUCAAACUAUAUUUGAGAUUUGCGACAAAAUUCAGGUUACUCCAAACGGCCCGAAAGAAGCUUUAAGAGCUAUCAGCAAAAGACUUAACAGCAACGUACCUCUUAUUGUUAUGCAUGCAUUAACUUUAUUGGAUUGUUGUGUGAAAAAUUGUGGCCGAAAAUUGCAUCUUGAAGUAUGCUCAAGAGAUUUUGAAUCUGAAAUAAAAAAGCUCCUAAAUAAGGGCCAUGCCAAAUGUGUUGAAAAGCUGAAAGAAAUGUUGAAGCGAUGGACUGAAGAAGAAUUCAAAAAUGAUCCUGAAUUAAGCCUCAUACCAUCAUUGUACAAUAGCAUCAAGACUGAAAACGAACUAAGUGAUAAUAGCCACCAACGACAUAAAGAUUCUUUGACUAGAGAAAAGAUCAAGAAAGAAGAGGAUGACCUUGCUAAAGCUAUCGAACUGUCGCUAAAAGAAUCCAAAGCUACUGGGAGCAGUACAUUGUAUCCUAAUGCUUCUGCUUCAAACCCUGUUACUAAAACAGCAAGAGUUAAAGAACCACGAAAGGUUAGAGCUCUGUAUGACUUCACUGCAGCAGAAGAAAAUGAACUAUCCUUUAAAGCAGGAGAAAUUAUUCAUAUUAUUGAUGACAGUGAUCCCUCAUGGUUACUUGGCUCAAAUCAGAAUGGGGAGGGCCUCUUUCCAGCAAAUUUUGUGACAUCAGAUUUAUCUGAACCAGUACCAGGCAAAACUGAGAAAACUGUACAGUUUAAUGAUGAAGUUAAAGUUAAAACUUUAGAAACUCCUGUUGAAGAAGUAGUCAUAGAUGAAAAAAAGAUCGAUGCAUUGCUUUCAGCAUUUUUAGAUGCUGACCCUACUGGACAAGUUCCAGAUUCAGAUGAUUUGCUUGCUCUAGAGGAUCAUUGCUUAGCAAUGGGUCCUCUGAUAGAACAACAGCUGGAGAAAAUUGAUCAUCAGCAUGCUGAGUUAACACAAUGCAACAAACUUCUGGUUGAUGCCUUGAAAUCUUAUGAAACAUUAAUGAAGUCUUACCCUUCUGUUCCAUAUGCACCUUAUCAGGUACCACCAGAAGUUAUGCAUACCUAUCCUCAUCCGUCAGUUCAACCUCAACUACAACCUCAAGUUUAUAGUACUCACUUACAACAUCACCCAGGUGAACCUUAUCAGCCUAUGCCUGUUCCUACGGGUCAUGAACAUUAUCCAGUUCCUUUGUCAGGUGCAAUGCCUACAACUCUCCAAUCACGAAAUGUGCAGACUGCUCCGCCCCAAGUUCCUUAUGAUACUUCUAAUCUGAAUUCUUAUGGAGCCAUGCCCCAUCAUUCCAUUCCGGUGACCAGCAGCAAUUACUCUGUUCCCCUUCCAUCAAGAGACGCUAAUGGGUUAUAUUAUGGUGAUAUAGUGGGUAAUUCUAUGCAACAUAAUACAACUCCUAUAUCAAUGCAUCAGCCUAUGUUAUGAAUUAUGUUCAAGUACUUUUCCUAAGUGCCACACAAGUUUACAAGUGUCCUACUUAGGAAACAUGGGCUUCAAUGUGGGCCAAGUUAUUCUAAUUGUAUAGAACUCUAAAUGCUUAAUGUGAAUAUUCUAUAGGUUCUUUUAUAUUAAUUUAAAAUUUAAACUACAUGUCUUAGAAGCGGUCUGAUUGCAAUUAUGUGUGUUUUGUGAAGAGAAUAUGAUAUCCUGAUAUGAUGUGUUACACUACACAAUUUUGCAUCUGAUGUAAUGAAGAUAUUUCUUUCAGUACUGAGUAGAACUUGUGAUGCUUAAAUAAAAUGCUAAAUGUUUUCACCUGAAAUAAAAAUGUUAUAAAUUUUAUCUAUAUUUUUAAUGUUGCAAAAAUUCAUUUCAUGUAUUUCCAUUUUUGCUACAAUUUAUAGCUAAUUUUAAAAUAAACUACAAUUGCAUAAUUUGUGUAGUGCUUUAUUUGAAUUAAUAUAUUUAUCUCUAUUUGAAAUUUUUUAUUCUCUUUAAAAAGAAUGCUGAUGUUUUCUGUGGUUGUCUUUUUAUUGUUGUUUAUUCUUAUUUGCAUUUGAGUGUGAAAGAAAAAUUAUAUUUUGAACUUAUUUUAAUAUUGUUUCCACUUAUGUGCAAUAAAUCUUUUAAUUUGUUAUGUGAUUACAUAGCAAGAAGUUGUAAACAACUUGGCAGGUACUCAUUUUUGAUAAUUUCUGACUUUUAUUGAUGAAUUAUGAAUAGGAUUUCUUCUUUCACAAAAAAAAAAGUGCUUGGAUAACAAAUUCAGUUGCUGUUCUAGUGUUCAAUGAAUUAAAUGCAGUGAUAUCAGUCUCCAGUCUAUACAGAUUUUAUAUAUCAGAACUGAUAUUUCAUACUUUAAAAACUGCUUUGUAUAAUUGAAACCAAAAGUUUUUAUAUUGUUUUUAAUACUUCAUACCUUUAAAAAAUCAGUAUCAUUUUGAAUUAAUUUUUAUAGAAGGUUUUUGUAUCAUUAUUGUAUUUGUAUUUUGUUUCAGAGAAUUGUGGAAUAAUUUUUUUUUUAAUUUUGUAAUUUGCAUUUGUAAUUGUAACAUUUUUAUGUGAAGCAAGCAGAUGCUUUUUUUUUUAUUUAUUGUUUUGAUGUUUAUAUUUAGUGUUACGAAUACCUGUAAAUAGACGAAAGAACAAAAAUCAAAUUAUUAAUUGAGAGUGAAUAAACAUUGUACACUUCUGAUAUAUUACCACCUCUUCACUUUUAAUUUUACAGUACUUUUCAAGAUGAUUAAAAGAAUUUGUAGGCGAACCAAAAAUGUACUCCACCCCUGUGUUUCAGUACAAUUUGUCGUUGCCUGAAGUUUGUAAUUCUUGUAGAUAUUUAACGGUUCAGAAUCAAUUGUAUUGCAAAUGCAAACAAAAUACGGUUAUCUGGUCAAAGAUAUGAGGAUUAAUGUAAACAGUUUAUUACGCUACAAAAAUUAACUACUUAUUCAGCAAUUCCCAUUGUUCCUACAGUAUUUUAGUACUCCUGCUACCAAUUUUAAUUCUCUAAAGUUCGAAAUUUUUGCUCGAACGAACUAUUAUUUUUACCGAAUUUUAUAGUUAGAUCUGUGUAUUCUAAAAAUUUUAUAACCAAUAGGUAGCUUAAAAAUACAAAUGCUGCAUUAUUAAGCAAUCAUAAAUAUUUAUAUUUACAUGUAUUUUGCUUCUUAGAAGUAAUUUCUUUUCUGAUGAUUAAUUUAGCAUAAAUUAUGUUAAUAGUUUUUUAUUUAUUUAUGACACGUUGGCAUUGCCUGAGAGAUAAUUUAAAAGAUGGAAAAUAUCUGACAAAUAACUGGUGUAAUCUUUUUAAGCAUACUCGAGCUAUUUCGGGAAAGGGUUAUGCUAUGAAUUUCUUUCAAUCUGAAGUUAUAAUACAUAAAAAUUUCAGUUGUAAUAAUAUUUUUGAAGCAUAACGUAUGAUUCAUUUCUUACAUAAAUAAUCUUGCGAAUAUUGUACAUUUAUAUAAAGACUAAAAAAUUGUAUGGCAUAAUUUGCAAUUUCUACUAUUCUCACAUUUCUAAGUAGGUCUUAUGCUGUACCAUUUACUAACAUGCAUUGUUCUGUACUUCAAAAAAAAAUCUCAAUGUUCUUGUCAGUAUAAUAUCGCAACAUUAUGUAAAAAUUGGCAUUUUUUAAUAUUUGUAGACUUGUAAUAAAUUUUCUUUUGCAUUUGUGAUACAUUAUACAUGUAGAAUAAAUUUGUUUGCUAAUA